AUCACUCUAAAUUAUUUUGUUUCCAUAUAAAGAUCAUCCCACGUGGGUCUCCUUUAACUGAACUAAAUAGCCACGUGGCUCUCAGACAGUCACAAGUUGGAAGCAAGGCCAAGAACUGAAUUUCAAAAAACAGAAAAUGUGAAAGUCAAACCUCCGAUCCGUCAAAACCCUGAUUACUAAUUUCCUCCGGCGGCAAAACAACAUGGAAUUGGAUUACAACCCGAGCCGAAAAUCCCUGAUCAGGAACAAAUGGGUGGCGACCGCCGCCAGCAUAUGGAUCCAAUCCACCAGCGGCUCCCUCUACACCUUCUCCAUCUACUCCCCGAUCUUGAAAUCCACCCAGGGCUACACCCAGUCGACCCUCGACACCAUCUCCGUCUUCAAGGACAUCGGCGCCAACGUCGGAGUCCUCUCCGGCCUCCUCUACUCCGCCGCCUCCUCCCGCGGUCCGUGGGUCGUCCUCCUCGCCGGCGCCGUUCAGUGCUUCGCCGGUUACUUCCUCAUGUGGCUCACGGUCACUGGGGCGCUGCCGGCGGCGCCGCCGCCGGUGAUGUGCUGCUACAUGCUGGUGGCGGCCCACGCCAUGACUUUCUUCAAUACGGCUAAUGUGGUCACUGGGGUUCAUAAUUUUCCUAGCUACAGCGGAACCAUUGUUGGGAUUAUGAAGGGCUUUCUCGGUCUGAGUGGAGCCAUAUUGAUUCAAGUGUAUCAGACGAUUUUCAAGAACAACCCCACUUCAUAUCUACUGCUAUUAGCUCUACUCCCCUCGAUCAAUUCCAUUGCCCUAAUGGGAUUCGUAAGAAUCUUCAAAACAAACGAAGAGGACGAGAAAAAGCACCUGAACGCCUUCUCGUUUCUUGCUAUUACUCUAGCCGCAUAUCUCACAGCCACGAUAGUCAUCCAGCAUGUUCUCAAGUUAAAAGUGUCGGUUCGCGUCUUUACGUUUGUUCUACUCAUGUUCCUGCUAGUUUCCCCUCUUAUCGUGGCGAUUAAAGCCCAGAGAGAUAAGUCCUACAGAAUGGUCAAGUCCCUUCUCGAGCACAACCAAAUUUCCGAUGAGAGAGAACAUCGCGGCGAUUAUCACGAGAUAUCAAACGGUUCGGACCAAAUUAGUGAGACGAAUGAAAACCUAAAUCUUUGGCAAGCGAUGAAAACGAUCAAUUUCUGGCUUUUGUUCUACACGACUGCUUGCGCUAUGGGGUCGGGACUUGCCACGGUGAAUAACAUGAGCCAAAUAGGGGAAUCCCUUAAUUACACGAGCUUAGAGAUCAACACGUUAGUUUCUCUAUGGAGUAUAUGGAAUUUCAUUGGUCGGUUUGGAGGUGGUUAUAUUUCCGAUUAUUUCUUGCAUGUCAAAGGUUGUUCGAGACCACUGUUCAUCGUAUUUGCUCUAUUUGCUAUGACCGUCGGUCAUGCUAUGAUUGCUUCGGGUUUUCCCGGUGCCCUUUAUGCGGGCUCCGUUUUGGUGGGCGUUUGUUACGGUUCGCAGUGGUCGUUAAUGCCGACAAUUGCUUCUGAAAUAUUCGGGAAAGGGCAUUUCGGUACGAUAUUUAACACCGUUACUAUUGCGGGUCCCGUUGGAUCUUAUGUUCUUUCUAUUAAGGUGGUGGGGUAUUUAUAUGACAAGGAAGUGUCUGAAAUUGGGAAGACGUGCGUCGGGCGUCGGUGUUUUAUGGUGUCGUUUUUUAUUAUGGCGUCCGUUACUUUCUCCGGUUUUGUUGUUGCGUUGUGGUUGUUUUUUCGGACAAGAAAGUUCUACGAAGAUGUUGUAAUGAGGAGGCUUAUGCGUUCUCGAAGAUGGAGUGUGCUUACCGAUGAUGUCGAAUGAGUAUUUAUCGAUAUCGAUUUAGGGUUUGUAAUAUAGGUUGUAUUUUCCCCCAUGAUAGAGUAUAAUAACAUGACUAUUGCAUUAACAUGCCUUGUUGAUGUUGUGUUCUGUUUACAUGAGUUGUUUGGUGUCUUUUA